GCCCAACCGAUUGUGCGCCUACAAAUCAAACCUAAAAGCACUUUGUAGCCGAUAAUAAAUUGAGCCGCACACACCAGACGUCUCGACGUGCCUUUGUCACAAAAAAGCCAACCGCCGGCGCGACUUUGUAUGAGGCGGCCACGCAGUUUAUUUGAUGUCAAACACCCUGCAGAGGCGGAGAUGGUUUGGUCUGUAGUAGGUGGGACUGCCGAGCGGUCUGCAGCAGGACGUCGUAGAUCAAUGAACCGGACCGUAGGGUUGGUCCAUCGCCUGGUGUGCAUCUGACUGUAUAGAUGUGUCAGUAUACCUAUGCAGGGACCGAGGCUUUUUUACUAACCAGCCGGUUCAGUAUGCGGAUGUUUUAAACCCGACUGGCUAUUUCACAGGCUCCGUACACCGCUUGGAUCUCUUGUGGCUCCUCGUUGCGAUUUUUUAAAAAAAAUUUUGGAAAUAAAAUAACCUCCAGGAUGAUCUUUGCAAACACAGGCAACCCACUGAAGACAGCCAAUCGUAAGCAGUCCUACCCCAUGACUCCGUCCAGUCCCAGCAGCAGCAGCAACAGCAGCAGCACAGGCCUGGAGCAGCUCAGCAAAACCAACCUGUACAUCCGCGGCCUGCCUCCUGCCACCACAGACCUGGACCUGGUCAAACUCUGUCACCAGUAUGGCAAGAUUCAGUCAGCAAAGGCAAUCCUGGACAAGACAACCAACAAAUGUAAAGGUUACGGCUUUGUAGACUUUGACAGCCCAGCGGCUGCUUUAAAGGCAGUACAUGCUCUGAAAACCAGCGGCAUACAGGCCCAGAUGGCCAAGCAGCAACAGGAGCAGGACCCCACAAAUCUGUACAUUUCCAACUUGCCUCUCUCUGUGGAUGAGAAAGAGUUGGAGAACAUGCUGCAGCCCUUUGGCCAGGUCGUCUCCACGCGGAUCCUCCGAGACUACAGCGGCAACAGCCGAGGCGUGGGCUUCGCCAGGAUGGACACAACAGAGCAGUGUAAUGCCGUCAUCUCCCACUUCAAUGGGAAGUUUAUCAAGAUAGCUUCUGGCGCUCUGGCUCCCUCUCAGCCCUUGCUGUGUAAGUUUGCAGACAGUCAAAGGAAGAAGCAUGCUCACAGCGGGUUUGUUCCCAAUGGACAGUCAGGGGAUCUCAGACUAGGUGCAAUGACUCUUACCUAUGACCCCUCCUCAGCAGCUAUACAGAAUGGGUACUAUCCUUCUCCAUAUCCAGUGAGCAACAGGAUAAUGACUGUGCAGCCUGCGAUGUCUCCCUACAUGUCUCCAGUCUCCGCUUACCAGGUGCAGAGUCAUUCUUGGGUGGCACAUCAACCAUAUAUCAUGCAACACCCGGCUGCUGUGAUGUCUCCCUCUGUGGAUCCCUCCAUGUCACUGCACCCCACAGCCAUGAUUACUCAGCAGAUGGGCCAGCUGUCACUGGGAAACACUGGAGCGUAUAUUUCAGGCAACCCUGGUGUCCAGGGAGCCUACAUGCCUCAAUAUCCUCCCAUGCAGGCAGCACCUGAAAACGGCACGCCGCAACAAGUGGAUUCUUCCAACAACUCAUCUCCAUACAGUCAACUCAGCAAGUAAUCACAGGCCAGAUUCCUGCUCUGUGAGCCAGAGGGCAGGUGGGAGGUUACCGAUGACAUCACAGUGGUAACAGUCACCGCCUUCUCUGAUUGGACCAGAUACAUGAACUUUUUGCACAGCCACGUAGUUUGUGGUGGAAAAUGAGGACAGUGUAAAUGGACUCAAGCAGUUGGCUAAUCACAGAAAACAAAACCAAGAUUUAUUUUGAUAAGAAACAACACGCUCUUCUUUUUCUCUUUUUUCAAGGAUUCUCAAACAAAUGCCAGAGGACCCCCCUUGCCACUCCUCCCCACUUCUCCCCUUGUAUGAUGUGAUAUUAAAAUGCAUGAGACUGAGAUAGUUUCCCUCCCUCCAAGGUUUCUAUGAUUUUAUAGUUCCUUUAUUUGUGAUAUAUGAGAAAAACAACUUGCAAAACCUUGUUUGCACUGAAGUUUCAGAAUAUCUUCAUUUCAAAGUUACCACCGAAUAUCUCACAAAAUCGAUGAAUAUUCAACUGCACUGGACAGCUGAUACAGGUGACCAUUUCAUUAGGAAAUAAAUGAAUUUAUUAUUGGAAAAGGUGCCUUCCUUACGUCACAUCAAACAUUCUCCAACAUUUCCUCAUAGAACUUGAUCAGGUGUCAUAUUUCUAUCUGACUGAUCAAAAGUGUGUGUGAAAUCAUUGAGAUUUCCAUUGAGUGUUUCGCUAUCUAGUCGUCUGGUAGCAAUAAAGACAAUGAGAGUCCCACGGCAAUACUGAGAAAAAAGAACGGUGACAAACUCAGAGCAAGGUAACUCCUUAUUUUCCCUCUAUCCAUUUUUUUUAAAUCGUCAAGACGUGACAUGAAAAAAAGAGCCGUACUUUUGUGAAAUUCCAAGUUUUACACCCAAUGGACAUCUUUUAGGAGGGUUUUUUUUUCUCUUGUGGUCAGUUGUGACCAGUGAUCUACCUCAUGGUUCUGCUGGAGUCUGCUGGUGUUGUGGGGUUUGCAGGUAAAGCCCCCCUUUUGUUCACCACAGUGGACGAAGCAGAACAAAAAGCCACGCUCAGGAGCUGGCUAAAUAGGACUUCUGCCCGUUUGUCUCCCACAUGCAGCGUUUCUCUUCCUGAUCUGCAAAGAAACAUUUUGCGUCAUUGUUGUUUGUCAUUGCUUCUGUUCUGGUGUUUCCUUUCUCAACACGAUGAGCGUUGUCAGUUGUCCAUUUUAAAGAUUCAAAGUAUGACAGCUACUAGCUUCUCCUUGAUAUAGGUGGUUUACAAUGUGCUUGAAACAAAUGAAUGCAGGCUACAUGCAUUUACUUUGUACAUUUUUCUGCCUUUGCCAUUCUAGAUCUUAGAUGACUCACAGCUUUCCCUUUCCUUUUUUAUUUUUCCUUAAAAAAAGACUAAAAGUCUCUGUCUGUGGUUACACUGCAACUGGAAAGCUCUCCGUAAGUACUGCUAGGAUUUGUCAACCUUUGGUCAUUUGGUCAUACAGCAUCUUUAAGGUACAGUGUAUAGGAUACAGUGGCAUCUAGUGGCGAGGUUGCAGAAUUGAAAGUCGUCUCGUGCACCAAGAAUGUAGGAGAAUUACAGUGUUUGUUCUGAACAGAACUCCAUCAAAGAGGAACCACUCUGUAUGUGGAUAUAAACAGCUCACUCUACGGUGACAAAAAUACAACAAUUCUUACUGUGAGGCGAUUAUGAACUAAUGAAAACAGCUGUGAAUAUUAUAUAUAGUGUCUGCCAAAAGAUGUGCCUAAAUCCUACACACUGGACCUUUGAUAGUGUACAUGCCAGGCAGUUUGGAUCUCAAAGCUUGCCUCAUGCAAAACAGCAGUACUUCAUAAGAACUGAAAUCACAUGACUGACAGCAUGUAUUUCAAAGGUUGUCUUUUUCAGAAUAAGAUUUGUAAUUUAUACAUUCAGGGCCAAAAGUUAAAAAAAAUAAGUUUAUUGUUUGCCUUGCUUUUUUUCCCAUUUAAUUGAUUUCUGAUGUUAGAAAUUCUACACUACUAUGAGACAAAAAAAAUGGUCAAAGCUGUAUGAUCACGGAGGUUUUCCCGGAUCAAUAGUACUGUGGCAGUAAAUGCUCACCUCCAGAAAAUACAAGCAGUAACCUGCUUUUACUGAGUGUACUUUCCCACUUUGAACAUUUGUUGCUUGAAAAAUGUAAAAAUGAAAGAAAAAAAAUAUUGUACAUGUUAUCCUCAUUGCUUUCCCCCGUCACCUUCAGCUGACUCUCAAUCCUCUCCUUGCUCUCUCCUUUGAAAACAUUGGAAUAAAAACAGUGCUGAAUAAAAGGCUCUUUCUCA